CACCUACACAACUCGCGGCGUCCGCGAGUCAAGAUGUCUGCAGUCUUGCGAUAGAACGCGUUCCUUUUCGGUGUGUUGUCACGGGCGCGCGCGCGAGAGAGGAAAAGCCGUGGGGAUAACUCCGGGGCGAACGGGGCCGUCCGUUCCUUCCGUUCGAGGGAUCGGCCGUGCACCCGCGAUCCAUCUCAGAGCACGACGCGAAUAGGAACAGGAUCGGGAGCGACACCGAGCGAGGGUACGAGAGCGAGAGAGUGCGCGAGUGAGAGAGAGAGAGAGAGAGAGAGCGGGACGGAAGUCUGGGAAGCGUCAAGCACCGCGGGUCCUGUAUCGGUCGUCCGCGUCACAGUUCGCGUACGCUUGAAUUCCGCGUGGCCGCCCUGCCGAGUGAACGGCACCGAGAGCGCCGUUCGGGCACUGCGUCGCGGAGAAUCCGUCCUGCGUGGCCUCGUUGACGACGCCGAGAGUUGUCGCGCAACAAUCGCUUCGCAACCUCUGCGACGAGUCCCGUCGACGACGACGUCGACGCUCCCCGAUGUCGGUCGCCAGCGUGUAGGACGACUCGAUCGCGAUCCACGUCUGAGGGAAUCCACAUCCGGGAAGGGCCGCGACCGUCAAGCGGCGUCAAAUCUAUAAGAGAGGCUCAUCAGUGGGUAUGAAUUUGAUUAGCGAUAGUCAAGAUGUCAAGCGACAGCGAUAAUGCAUGUUCGAUACGUCAUCAUACUCACAAGCGCAGGAAGAUUGUCAUAAGCGACAGCAGUGAUAGCAGCGAUGAAUCUAUUAUUGUACACACUCGAAGGAAGAAGAAAAUACUUAGGGUGGUUAGCGAGGGUGAGAGUAGCAGCGAUGAUAGUGAUGUACCUAAACCUGUGAUUAGACGACAAAACCAUAGAGUUAUUAGUGAGGAUGAAUCUAAUUACAAUAGUAGCGCCGAGGGAAGCAAGCAGUCCACUGCAAGCGACAGCAGUAGCACGUCGUCCGAGUGGCAGAGCGAUUGGACUAGUUCUUCUGAUGAGUCAAACGAGGAUACUAAGAAAUAUAGCACUAAGCGUAAGAUCUUGUCUAAGACCAAGAGUGAGAAUGCCGAAAAACCUGGUUCCUCCUCUUCAUCAAUCAAUGUCAACGCUAACAGCAGCGACAGCGACGAUCAGUCGGAAAAGUGUCCUAUAUGUCUGUUACCAUUUAGAAAACAACAAAUUGGUACCCCAUCUGCGUGCGAUCACAGCUUCUGCUUAGAAUGUUUGGUAGAAUGGAGCAAAAACAUUAACACUUGCCCUGUGGAUCGCAUAACCUUUACUACGAUUGCUGUUAAAGAGCAUUUUGACGGCAAGGUCUUAAAUCAAUUGCCGGUAGAAGCCGUGCCGCGUCUUGAAAAUCCAGUGCUAGACGAUCCGACAUUUUGCGAGAUAUGUCAUCAAAGUGAUAGGGAAGAUCGAAUGUUACUUUGCGACAGUUGCGAUCGCGGCUAUCAUAUGGAAUGUUUAACACCACCGAUGACCACAGUUCCUAUUGAGGAGUGGUAUUGUCCAACGUGUACCCGAAAUUCACAUUCAAACAACUCGACUAGAUCGUAUUUGUCGAGUUUUGUGCCAACUCUUAUAACAACUGGGAGAAAUCCUAGUCAACUGCUCCGUGACAUAAGAAGGGAUUUCAACAUAUUCCGUAAUAUAAUUCCUCAUGUCAACGAUCGUACAUACGUACCUGCCAGACGCAAUCGCAGAAUGCACGAGCCAAUGGACGUUAUCGAGCAAUUUAUUGAUCCAAAUCAGCCGUCUACCUCGUCCGGCCUUGAUUCGAUCGGUGACAAUAGUCGAAGUCGUUCCCCGAACACCAGCUUGGAAGGCAACGCCUCCUCCUCGCGCUCUAAAAUGAAGUCUAAAAUUAAAACCAAAACGGUAAAGAAGAAAAAGAAAAAGAUCACAAAGAACUCGAAGAAGAGCGGCGGCAGUAAUCUAGUUCGUGAGGUACGAAUCAAAGAAUUCAACAACGAUGGCGAAGAGGAAGAGAUAGUGACAUAUGUCAAAGUCGCAUCAGCUACGUCGAGGAGGAAGUGUAAGAAAAGAACAAAGAAAACGCGCAAGAGGAGAAAACACAAACGACGUGUGCGCACUGAAGCAUCUGUGCUGACUAGCACACAAACGGUAAAAAGGAGACUGGCCUCUACACUUGGUAUAAAGAAGUCGAAGGUGCCACAGCUUGUACCUACCAUGAAAAAUAGCAUCUCUAUUCCUGAAAGAAGUAUUCUCACGAACUCCCGAUACAGCGCCGGUAUACCUCAAGUCAGUCUUUUUGGAAAUAAUCUGGGAUUAGAUUAUAGCCCACCUGGAUCGGACGACGACAAUGAAUACUCCAUUGGGGUCGGAAAUGGUCCUCUGAUAAAUAUACGACAACGACGAUCGGCGGUACCGUCACUCAGACACCGUGCCGUCUUAAAAAGUAUCGUCAAUCCGAUCAACGAAAUGGCCAAUACUGACGGACUACCAGAUCUACUGAGCAGCAUAAUGAGGAGUCAAGAGCUUUUGCACUCAACUAAGAAGAAAAACGACGUGAUUCUAAAAGCUGACGGCACGCUGCUAGUGAACAAUCCUGAAAAGGAGAACAAGCACAGUAUCAACAAUAAUGAUAGUCCGAAAAAGGAGAAAAAGCGGGACGAGGGGAAGGAAGUCACGCGACGCGAGGAGCCGAUCCUGGAGGAGACCGUCGAUACGCCGUUGGAUUUGUCUAAUGUCAAUUCCAACGACAUCACACAGGCGCCAAUGUACAACAAUCCCUGCGGCGGAAGUGGCGGUAGUACUGGCCGAGGCAAUUUUCGCGGCCGACACGGGGGCCAGACCUACGGCCGGGACUCCCUGCCGCCGGGUGGCCGGCAUAACUAUAGCGGCGGGAAUGGUAGCGGCGGUGGCGGCGGUGGUGGUGGUCCGCGGGACAACUUCGGGAAUCGCGACUUUGGUCCACCGCCAUUUUUUAAUCCGAAUUUCGAACACUGUGGCGGACCACCCAUGUUCGGCGCCCACGCGCCACCACCACCGUUCCGCAGUCGCAAUCCUCAGCAUUUCCGCAACGAACGAUUGCGCUUCCCGCCGCCACCGCCGUUCGGCGAACGACCGUUCAAUUAUACUACAGAUGGCAGUGGCGGUCUCGAGCAGAGACCGCCGUUCCCACACGUGACGGAUCGAUUUCCUAGACCACUCAGGCCACCUCCAUUAGGCAUACCACCUCCCGGUGGUACGUCCGUCCCGCCGCCAAAUGUAUCGGAUCCCAUGAACAUACAGCAGUCGAUGCACGUGCACAACAGUUUACCUCCGGUCAACUUGCCGGAAGAUAUGACACGGAACUAUCAACCGCCGCCUGAGCAAAACGAUCGCGUCAUGCCGGAUCCCGUAACCGUGUCACCUGUAAUCGCGUCACCCGCAGCUGCGUCGCCCGCUACGCGACAGGACAACGAUGAUUGCGAUAUAUAUUGCGACAUUGAACCACCGUCCAAGCCCGACUGCGACGCACCGGAGGAACUUCAGAACAAUAGCUCGAUGGUCCUGUUGCCGCCACCGGAGCCGCCGUCUGGUUUGCUGGACUUCGAGGAAAACUCAAGAAGUGACAAGGAUGAUAGCGAGCAGGAAUUGGUGAUCGACGACAGCCACAAGGAGGACACAUCGAGAGAUUUGACUGCAAGUGGCGACAAGUACGAUCCGUUCACGGCUGACAGCGAUAGCAACGAUGACGCUGCCGUCUCUUCGACGAAGACCGGAGCGAUGGAGAAGGCGGAACUGUCACAAAAGAGCGUGGACAUACCUAUGCCGAUCGCGCCGCCGUUGGUCACCACUGCGCCUGCUUAUCCUUCGAUGUCGGUGACUGCCGCGACACUAAUUUCGAGCAGAGAGCACUCGCAGCAGCCUAUUCGGUUGACCGCGUACGACGAUGAUGACGACAAUGAUUCGCAGUCGGACUGCCCGAACUUCUCCAUCUACUCGUCGCAGACCAUGGACGUGGCCAGGCAUACGGAACAGGAAUUGUCUCAGCAAAUCGGACCGCUACAGCCGCCGCCAUUACCGCCCAGUAUCCCCGAUGACGACGACAUUAUCGUUGGAGAUAUUCAAGCCUGCGAUCUGCCGGACGUGCCGCCCGAGCCGGCCGAUCCCUAUCUCGAGGCAUUGCAGAAGGAACGGCAAGCCUUAAGCAAGAUACCACCGAAGAAGAUCUCGCACGAUUCGCAUCGCGGUAAGAUCACUUUCAAGAUCGGUAACAAACUGAGGCUCAACAAUCGUCUGAGCGGCUUGCACUCGGACGAUCAUUCGCAGAAUACGAGCUUUCUUCAGAAAAAAACUGUGACGGCACCGCCAUCGAGCGACAAACAACAGCAGGAGCGAGACGGCGACAAGAGUGUCAGCUCGUCGAAAUCAGAGAUGGAAUCCACAGCACGAUCGUCGUUACCGUUGAAUCAGCUGACGAAAAUAGGACCACAACUUCCCGAGGAAAAAGAGGAACAAGAAGACGAAAAGAAGAAUACGGAGCUGGUUCCGACGAGCCCGAAAGAAAAAGAACCGCUUAAAGUCGCUAAUCGUCGCGAAAGCAAAGAGUUCCGUUCGGAGAACUCGUCGGACGAGGAAGCCGCGAAGGUAGACGAGAGGCACACUGACACUUCAUCCAAGGAAGAGGAAGACAGCGAACGGGAAGUAUUACCAUUAAUGGUGACAAAUGCGACGCCGCACGAGAACGUCCCGGAAAGUGCGGUGUCUUCGUCGUUCGGUGUUCUUGACACCGCGCGGCUAUCACCGAGAAAAUUGGAUAGCAGCGAACUGAGUAUAGAGUGUAGCUCGGAAGACUUGGAUGGUGGCAGUGACCCGGUGAGUAAGACAACUGCGUUGUCGCGCUUGAAGAUUGGAUUGCAAGACGAGAUGAGGGCGCGAGAGUGGGAAUCGAGCAGCGAUAAUGACGAGCGUUCAUCGGGCAGUCGUAAACUCGCCAAGGUGGAGCAAAGUGACGACAAAGAUGAUGACAAAACAUUGUCGAGCGACAACGACGAUCUAAAUUUGUCAGAUCAGCGGCACGAGAAGGAGAGCUUUUCGACAGUGGACGAUGAUGUGGAGCAAUUCCCGAUCGAGAAGGACAAGCUGGAGGACGAGCCGCCCGUGCCUACAACUUCUAUCGACAAUAAUUGGGAGUCGGAUGGCGCUUAUACACCCUGUAAGGACGAGUUGCCCGUGAGGGAGGACGAGAGUAGGCAGGCAGAGCGAUGCAUGGUUCCUUUCGAAACCGACUUGGAGCCUAUCACACCGACAAAAGACAAGACGAAUGAUGAUCUGGACUGCCGGUCACUCACCGGUUACGCUGAACUGGGCACCGAGGCUAUCUCAGAGACUGACGAAGCGAUAAAUUUUGAGGAGGAACUCAUCGCGUUAGCAUUACGAAAAGAGAAAGAGAUGGAGGACGGUGAAAUAUUAGACGAGAGCAAACUGGACGCGAAAGAGCGUGAAAAAUUGAGGGAGGAUAAAGAGGAUGACAGCAAGAGGAGGAAGAAGAGAGAUAAGAAAGAGAAGAAUAAGGAGAGCACGGAAAAGAACAAGGAGAACAUUUCGUCGGACAACCUGGUCUCGUGGAAGAAACUUUCAAAGAGUACGAAAGAUAGAUCGUAUCGCGACAAGGACAGACGGUCCAAAUCGAAGGACAAGGAGAGAGAUAAGUCGUCUAAGAGGAAGGCGAAGGAAGUCAGUAAGAAAAAGGAAAGGAGAAAAGAGCUGCCGCGAUACGACGUGAGGAAAAUUGUAGCCGAGAAGCCGAUCCGGGUGAGGAAGGACGAGUAUGGUCGGGAUAUCAGGGAAAAAUCGCGAAGCAGGUCGCGAAGUCGUUCGUCGAACAAGAUUCAGAUGAGCUCGAAGGAUCGACGGAGUCCAUCGUACUCGAGAGGACGGUCGAGAAGCAGAUCUCGUCUACGGUUAUCCUGGUCAAGAGAUCGCGGCCCAUCGUACUCCAAGUCGUAUCGUUCCAAUUCGCGCAAGAGAUCGUCAUCCCGUAUCAGACGCAAAUCGCGAAGACGAUCCGUAUCGCGUUUGUCGAGGCGGCAUUCUGUUUCUCGCAGACGAUCGCAAUCGCAGUCGCGUAAGCGGCGAUCGCUGUCACCCAGACGACGUAGCAGGCGAUCGCUGUCGAGGUCGCGCGACAAGCGAAAGGAUAAGACGAAGAAGUACAAGUCGCGCAGUCGUUCGAGGAAUCAUAAGCGAUCGCGCAGUAAAUCACUGAAGAGAACAGCGUCCAAGACUCGCGAAAGGAAGCACAGCAAGAGAAACCCACACAGUCGAUCACGAUCGAAGAAUAGAUCAAUUUCACAAGAGCGGGAUCGUAACAGGAACUGGGAUCAAGGACUGAACGAGAAGAGCGUAGAGCAGGAGCAGCAACAACAACAACAGCAGCCGCAACAGCAGCCCUUCCCGCGCGAGCGUGAUGAGCGUUCAUGGAGCGCGCAAUGGACGCCGUCUUGGUCGCGUUCGAGAUCGAAGACCCCGCCGCACAUUCAGCCGGAACCAAUCGGCUCGAGAAAUUGGUCGCCACCGUCCGUGCUGGACAGCGUGUCGCCAAAGAAUUUGACUGUUAUACUGACCAACAAGGAAGCGAUUAAAAAGAAGAAGAAGGAACGCCGAAAGGAGAGUCGGAAGUCCAAGGAGGCUGAGAAACGGCGGAAGAGCAAGCGCAAUAGAACACCGCCGCCGUCCAAAGAGGUGUUUGCCAGCGGUGACAACAUAUUAGUCAGCGUCUGCUUCAACAAGGAUAACGAGACGAAUCUAGCUAUGCCGGAGUUGCCACCGACUAUACCGCUCUCACCGCCGAUAAAACGCCGACGAAGAGAAUCAGUUCAGACGACGGAGCCGGCACCAGGACCUGCGAAGCGAUCGAAAAAGGAGAAAUCAAAGGACAAGCGGUCGAAGUCACCGAAGGUGAAGAAGGAUAAGAAAAAGAAAUCAAAAGCGGCAGAAAUUGCAGCAACGAAGAAGCCCGUAGCUGUGAUCGAUCUGGAUCAAUCGCCGUUCCGCGAGCAAACGCCCUCGCCCCGCGAUGUAAUAGUGCUCAGCGACGACGACGACAAGCAGGCGACGACAUAUGCGCAGGAGACGCUCGCCGCGUCGCCGGAGCAGUGUCCGCCGCGUGAGGCAUCACCGCCGCGCGAGCAAUUCGUCUCGCAGGGUCCGAAGACUCCACCAGAGCCACAAAUCAAAUUCUCGAUAAACAAGCAGCCGAGUAAUCUCAGACCGUCUCUGAUCAAUCCGCUGUUGGAGGAAGAAGAGGAGGAGGAGGAGGAGGAAGAAGAGGAGGAGGAGGAGGAGGAGGAGGAGAUGAUGGACGAACGUGCCGAGGAGGAGCUCGAAAUGCGAGCCCAAGAAGAGCUAGAGCUACGUCUCAAGAUUGGCCCUAACACACCUCCUGAACCGCCAACCUCUCCUCCAACCUCGCCAGACGCUUAUGAUCCCUUUGAUCCGACUAAAUCUCGCUCACCGACGCCGGACGCGAGCCAGGAGGCUACACCGAACGACGAGCGUGACCGAGCGCAGCGCAACUCGCCCGGAAGGAAACACGACGGAGCCACGGAUACCACGUUGCCAUUGGACGAGCCCAGCCAGCAGCAGGAACAACCCAGCACUCAGGAGAAGCCGAUAGAGAAGCCAAAGAUAAUAUCGAUAGUGACCAUUAAAAGACCGUCGCCGCAAAGAGACGUCUCCGCGUCUCCCGUGCAGGAGAGCCAGACCGACAUAGCCCAGUCGUGCAGUGGUAACAGUCCACCCAAGCCACAACAGAAUCCACAGAAUGUACAAUCGACCGCCAAUCCGUUCAGCACUAUCAAUCCCGUCCUGGCGACGGUGGCGGCCGCGGUGCAAAGAAGCUUCAACGUCAGUACGCCCAAUACCGCGCAAAGAACGCUGUUGCAGCCUAAUCGCAUCUCGCCGAGCAAUCAGAUAAAGCAACGUACAAACGACAGACCGCAGCUUCCUAAUAUAUUUGCGAAUUCCGCAAAAUCGUCCACCAUAGCGCGAUCUUCCAAACCCACCCAGGGUAAAAAUAGUUCAGCGGUAGGGCAAAACGGUAAUGACGCGACUAUAGACAUGACGAACGAGAACGUCGACAUGUCGUCCCCUUAUUCACCGGGAUCGACCCUGAGUGAUGGUCUGUUCGAUCCGCCUAGUCCCACUAAUUUCAAUAACUCACCCGUUGCAAAUGCACCCCCUGCCGCUGCUAAAAUUGGUACGCCAAAAGUUAACAAGAGCACGGAGAAGAAAGAUCCAUUCGACGCGCUAUUUGGUGGAAUACUGCCGCCUGUUAAGACUGCCACAACCAAAAAUCGGAGUAAAAAGGUCGCCAAGGAUAAAAAAAAGUCUACCAAUCCUAAAGUUGGCGUACGUAUGGAUGAAAAUCAACUUCAAAUCCUGGAUGAUCUUCCGAGCUCUGCUGUAGAAAUGCAAGUUAAAGACAAGUUUCUUAAGAAACUAAACCGACAGGAGAGAGUCGUGGAGGAAGUAAAAUUAGUUCUCAAACCCCAUUAUACCAAAAAGCACAUCACAAAAGAAGAAUACAAAGAUAUUAUGCGCAAAGCAGUACCCAAGAUAUGCCAUAAUAAAACGGGCGAAAUUAAUCCUAAAAAAAUAGCUCAUUUAAUAGAAGCGUACGUGAAGAAAUGUCGGAGCAAUAAGAAGAAAACUUCUUCAGCUGCCAAGAUAACGAAACCCGCGAAGACUCUAUGGAGUUGAUCACGUGUUGGCAAUCCUAGCGCAUUAGAAACUCCUUCAACAUUAGGCCUCUCCUUAGACCACGCGUAAACACACAUCCUAUCUCCUGGAUGGUAAGUGAAUUAGAAGUAUGCAUAUAUAUUAAUGUACAUAUAUGCAUAUAUCUAUACAUAUAAAUCUAUCGAUGAGCGAGAAACGUGUGUACAUACAUAAUUCAUUAAUUGUAUAAGCGUAAUAUUUUUAUUUAUCUAAUUGUUCGAAUACGAGAAUAAGCAUUCGUGAUUUUAUUAUUUACAAAUUAUUAACAUUUAUAGACAAGUUUACGCGCAUACACUCAAGUGCAUAUUUGCGAAAGCGCUCGAUGUACGGCCUCUGUCCGAAAUGUAAUGAUCGUACAUUGUGAUGCCUCUUGAAAUGAGUUCGGAUCACAAUCAACGAUCCUCUGCUAAACUAAUUAGAAAAUAUAUUGUAUGCGAUAAGUUCAUAUUUUAGAGUGUGUACAAUUUAAAUGGAUAACAAAAGAUUGUUCACAAGUGAGUCGAGUGACUAUUUAUGAGAGAAAAAGGGUAGAUCAGUAGGUGUAUUUUCCCAGCAAUUGGCGCUGUAAAAUUAGUAGAUCUUCAAAUCUUAGAUUAGUAGAUUCUUAAACCUUUAUAUAAGCGCGAAAAUGGCGUGCGAAAAUCUUUUUCGUACGAAAUACAUUUCCAUUGAGCAGCAUACUUUGUUUCACUAUAUAUUAAUAUACUUUGUAAACAUACAGAAGACGAAAACCAAUACACAAAAUGAACACUUCCGACACUUCAGAUGUAAAUAAAUCAUGUAAAAAAAAAAUUGCUGGACGUUGUGUCCCUUUAUACAAAACUGAUUUAAAUGUUUGCGUUUUAUUAUGCGCUUUAUCAUAUGCGCGAUAUACAAAAGAGAGAUUUACAUUACACAAUAUAAAUUUUUUUACGUUACGUUUUGAUGCCGUAAGAGAAUAAAUUUUUGUUUAUGAUUUGUUUCCAAUUAUGCACGUUUUUAAAAAAAGGUAAAAAAAAAGAUACAUACACUUAUUAGAUACCCGUGACCCGCGUUCACGUUUUGCUUAGCACUUAUGCUAAUGCAAAUGCGGUUCAUAGUUCACAUGUCUCUGUUAUGUAUAUGUAUAUACACAUAUGAUCACAUAUGCGAUCUUGAUGAUUUACUUGACUAUUUUAAUGUAUUUAUUAUGUUACUAAUAAUUAAUAGUCAAGAAUAAUUAUUACAAUAUUAAUAAAAUACAAAAUUAGAUUAUCUUGUUGAAAACAAUCGAGACGUGAACCUACAUUACUUGUAAGAGGACGAUGGCGCAGAAAUGGUUUUUAUUUUUGAAAGAGAUACACACUCUCGAUGUUCCAAAGUGCAGAAUGUAUAACGUGUACAGCAGUGUGUAAUCAAUUUUACGCAGUGUAAUCAAGCGCAAGUGAAUUUACGUUUAUAAUAAAGUAACGUAACAUAGCUAACACAACUUUUGCAUACCUUCGUAACAUACAUCGCAUUCUCAUUUUAAGCGUCACAGGGUAUUUUUUUCAAUCAAUAAGAACAAAAAAGAAAUUAAACUCUGGAGGAGGAGGUAACAUUCAUCUACUUCGUACGUCUAAUGGCAUGCUGUGGAAAUUCUGAUUUUGGGAAAUACUGUUAUAUAAAUGCGCGUAUGUAUUAUCUGCAAUUAAUGGAUACUGUAUUAGCUGCCAUGUAAAAUUCUGUUGUACAUUUUACGACCAGAUACUGAUAUCGUACACAGAUACAUUUAUGUGUGUGAAUAGGUUUUAUACUUUUUACGCGUGAUAGCAGAAAUUACAUCCCCUUUGGAACGUAUACAAAGGUACUUAUAUACAUAUAUAUAAAUAUCAAAAAUAUAUACGUCACUGAGAGGUGAAUUAAAGCGAAAGAUGUGACGAUUCGUAUCAUAGAGAUAUCAUCAGCGAUUACAUCGACACAUUUAUUCAAGGUAACGAUUAUGCCAAUGAUCGUUAUAACAAUAAAAUGAUGUUAAAACCAUCGUUAAUUAAACUGUCGUUAAUUCUUGUGUGUAUGAACUCUCUUUUGUACUAAAUAGCAAUGUACAUAUAUAAACCGAAAGGAGAAAUAAAGAGUUUAAUAUUAUCGAA